UGCAGAAACAUAAUAUAAUAAAUAUGGGUAGAUAAGAUGCAUUUCAUCAAAUUCAAUCCAUGAGAUCUUUUGCAUAAGUUCCCCACAACUUGAAGCCUUUGCACUUGUCCAAUUGAGUUCUCACUUUCUUUUAUACUAUUGUUCCUCACUAGCUUUUGUGAUCCUCGUCUCCUUUAUACUUAAAAGGAAUCGGAGAGUUUCACUCUAACCUUUUUCGAUGGGAGGCAAGCAAUCAAAGGAAGCAGAGCGCAGGAGCGAGACUAGUUCUCCAGACCCAGUUAUUCCAAAGAAAAAUGAUGCAGAAUCCCAAGCAACACCACCCAAGGAGCAGCUACAGACCAACGCGUCGUCAACGGCAGUAGCUACAUCUCCUUUAGAGGCAGCGGUGCACGAAGAAUCACAAGCCCAGGAUAAGGGUCAGCCAAACAUAGUCCAAACUGAAGUGCACCAGCCUGAUUUUAAACGAGCUUUACCACCGCCACCAGCUGGUAUUGACAAAUUUCCAAAUGUCACGGGACCAGAUACUUCAGCUUCAAGAAGACAGGAUCAAAAUCCACAUAAUUAUAAUAAUAAUAAUGAUGGUAUCGUCCCACCUCAACAGAAUUUCCAUCAACCUGAUCAACAUGGCUGGGAUCAUAUGGCAAGAAGAGAUUCAAGGAGCAACUGGAUGUUUGACCACAACUGCCCCUACCCCUACAACCGUGAUCAGGAGUUUUACCCUGUGCCCCCUCAUACCCAUGGUGAUCAGUACCAUGGACAAGAUCAGUAUUGGCCUAGAAAUGAUCAUAUUGGCAGACAACACCCACUUAGAGAUGGACGUGAAUAUCUUACUGAUGAUGCCAUUCAAAAUAGAGAGAAGCGGUCAUCCUCAUCUGGGGAUAAACAGAGUGGCACUCUUGUUUAUGAUAACAUUGUCAUCUGUGAAGACCCAUCCAAAGUGGUGAUGGGAAUAAGGAAUUCCGCUGGUGGAAAAGUUGGUGGCAGGGUCAGUGGGAACCGUGUCAUCAGAUAGGCUCCUCUCCGCACCAGAAUUUCUUCUGAUGUUAAAUUGUUGAAAUUAUAUAUUUUAAACAAUGCAUAUGAGUCACUGUUGUAAAUUUUCAAUAUUAUAUGAGAGGAGUUCCAAUGAAAAUUCAGUUUUUUU